AUGCUCCCAGAGGAUAACAAUAAUGAUGAUGAUUGGGGUUUCAAACAAAAUGAGUCUUAGGAUGGAGGAAGAGGUUUGCAAUAGGCAAGUGAUUCGGUUAUAGAUGUCAGCAGAAAUAAUACUGUCAUUGAAAUUCCUGUAGAUGAUUACAAUUUUGACCUACAAAAUAGUAAUGUUACAAUCAAAGUUAAAGCGAAUUAUAAUAGCUAAAGAUAGAACGACUAUUCUAGAAUCGAUAGCUAAGAUGAUAUAUAUGCAUCUUAAGAUGACGAUAUUCAAAAUCUAGUUUCAUCAAUGCGGUAAUCUAUUGACAAGGCACUAAUAAAAUAUGAUGAAUUGAAGUAAAGCAUCAAGGAUACAAAUUAACUUAUCUCACUCAAUUAAAGUCAUAUAAUGCUAAUGGAUGAUUAAGGGGGACUUGGGAAUAGCAGAUCCAAAAUAUCCAUUCAUCCAUCGCAGCAGUUGAGAAGUUCUAAAAUUUAGACAAUUAACAUUUAGUUAAGAGCUAGAGAUUUGAACAAUCAGACAGUAGUAUUGCAAGAAACUCCAGAGAACUUUGCUGAUAGCAAAUUUGAUUAAAAGCAAAGCUAUUAAAGCAAACAGAGAUAUUUAUUGACUAGGACUCCUAAUAGAGACUCAAUGAAUGGUAGUUCUGGAAUAGUAGAUAAAAUCAAUAAAAUUUACUUAGGUGGAGGAAAUGAAGACACUCGUCAUAGCAGAAAUUACAUGUCGAUGCUAGAUGAUAUGGAUUAAAACAAAUCUACCAAUCAAAGUAGUAUUAGUAAACCUAAUCUACAUUCUAAUUAGAGAAUUAAUUAGACUAUUGACUACGGGAAUUCUUCAAGGCUGAUUAACAACGACUCGUCCCUCUUAUCCUUGAAUAAGAACUAGAGACAAAAAAACUCAAUGGGAAAUUUAUCGGUAAUGGGAAAUGUUCGAAAUAGGUUGAACUCUCAAAGGUUGAGGCCACUGUUGAAAAAGAACUUUAUAAUUAAAUCUGAUGACGAGCAAAGUUCUCCUCCCAUGUCUGAUUAGAAAAGAUAGUUUGAAAGAAUCAAGCACUCAGAUUCAAUAGUGGAACUUCUAAAAUACAAUUUGGAAUUGAAGACUCAAAUGGCAACAAUAGUCGAUGAGAUAAGUUCAAAGCUAACGAGAGCUAAGGAAAGGAGGAAAAAUGAGCAUAUUUAGCAUAACACCGAGAUAGCAGCUGAUCUAAAAUAGAAAGAUCAAUAGAUGAAGGCAAAGAAUGGCCAUAAAUCUAAUCUCAAAAAGGAAAUAGAUCUAUUUUAAGCCAAAUUAGAUGAACUACAUGAUAUACAUAAAGUUGAUUAGAUGUAAAAUAUUCUCAAAGACAAAGCCUAGGUGCUCUAAAAUCUUAAAUAGGAGUUCGAAUAUAGUACACAAGUCAAGACCCGCUAAGAAAAAGCAUUGCUAAAACAGGAAAAAAACGAGGAUCAAGAUAAGAAUGUCAAAUCCAAGUUCUUUCAGCAGUUCAAAGUUUAGUCUAAAGAGAUGAGAGAAUUGCGGAAAAUGUACAGGGAGUUAUAAACUAAGAUAAUGGAUCAACAUGCUGAGAUACUAAGAAAAGAGAAUGACAGUAAAAAGCUCAUGAAGGCAAUCAAGGAUAAAAAGAGUGGGAAUAUCCAGAUUCGCACACAAGAUGAGAUCGAAACUAAAAAGUAUCUCAUAGAUAAACUUUAGCAAGAGGUUAAUGAAGCCAAAAAGUAGAGGGAAUAGAAGUAAAGGGGUCUGGAAAGGGAGUUCUAAGACUUAGAUCAGAAGAUUAAAAAUACAUAGUAUGAAAUUAAGGUUAUAGAAUUGAAAGACAAGGACCAAGAUAACUAGCUAAAGCUGGUUUUUUUAAGAUAGAGGGAAUUAGAGAAACAGAUAGCGGAAUAUAGAAAGCUUUAGAGAGCAAAGGCAAGAAAGGAAAAGAACUAAACUCUGACUUUACCACAGCCGAUAGAAGAUUUAUAAUCCUUUAGGGCUGCUUCAGAACUAGACACCAAAGACAACACAAGUGAUAUAUUAAGGAUCCAUGAUCAAGACUCUCUCAGAAAGCAAAAUGCGAAAUAAGCACCUGUUAAACCCUCGGAUGACACCACCUUUUUCAAUCUAACCUAGUUGGAUGAAGAAGUGGAAUCAGGUGAAAUUGGAGAUGAAGAGAUUGACAAAAUAAUUGAGGAUUUGAAGAAACCUGAGAUUAAGCAAAAUCUUGAGACAAAGAAGGCAAAGGAGAGGCAGGAUUAAGAAUAAGCUAGGGCUAAUGCUCAGAGACGAUUGGAAAGAUCUAUAAAGCCAGAUAGAACCAGAAAUGAAGCUGAAUAAAAGCAAUAUAACAAUAUAAGUAACAUCAAACCGAACAUUUAAUCAAGGAAUUAAAAAUCUAAGAAUGAAGAGGAAUAUGAAAGUCGAGCUGAUUAAAACGUCAAUGACAGUCCAAAUUCUUUUUUCCUAACAGAUGAUUAAACAAUAGAGAUAAAUUUACAAAGUGACAAAAGAAAUACUAAGGCGAUCAGAAAGGUAACAUGA